CCUUGCUUGGCCACCCACAUCCAUCAGGACUCCAUAUCAACCCUAUCGGGAGCAAUCAAGAAUUUCCAAGACAAUCUCGUCUCAAUCUCAAUCGGGAACUUCCGAAAGUUUCAAAUCUGCCAGCAAACUUUGGAUUCGACGUCCGUCGCUGCUGGAAAGCGGAGCUGGUCGAACACGGCGCAGAGUGUCGGAGGAGCGAUAAUGCGACAGUGGGACCAUCCGGUGGCUCCAUCUAUGUGGAGUAGACUCGGAGGAUUGGCUGGUAGCUCGCAGGCGCAUUUCCCGGUGCAUUCUCCGGUUCGAGCCUCGUCUCGCGCGUCGCCGUCAUUCCUUCCCCGCGAUCCGUCGACGGUAGUGCUCUUUCUUCUCUCCGCGUACCCUUUUUCGUCCUUUUCUCCCUACGUCGUCGGUGCUCACGCGCGUGACUCCUAGGCACAGUGGAUUCGGUUGAUCGCUGCUGCAACAGUUGCUUCCAGUUCGCUUCCUGUUUCGGUUUUCCUCUCCGUCCAGUUUCCUCCGCCUCGUUCGGCUCCGCGCGAUACCACUCCGAUCUCCCACUCCGCGGUCGUGUUUCUUCUCCGUUCAAUCAGCGUCGGUCCCCCUUCCGUCCGCUGACCGAUAAGCGUCCCACUGUCAGGGUCGAAGAAAGAAGAGGUCGGGGUCCGUGGUCGCCGCCAGCUGUUCGACGUCGAGCAGUCCGCCGUCUACUCGCUGCCACUUUUGUUCCUACGCCUCGGCUCAUGGCGUGCCGAGCCUCCGGAUACCGGUCUGGCCCCAGGACCCAUCCGGCCCAUCGCCACGCAACGGUCAGGACUGUCGUGUCGCUCGACGGCUGCUUUCGACGACUCACCAAGGUACCAGAGAGAAACGAGGUGGAGGGGUUCAAGGUCACCGACGUGAACCGCACGCGGAAGUUCGGCGUCGCCUGCAGCACUCUCCCGGAACUGAAACAGAAAGUCUGCGCGAAACUGAACAUAACGAACCACAUCGACGAAGUCAAUGUCUUCCUGCUCGACGGAACGCUGAUCGACGAGGAGUAUUUUUGCACGCUGGAACCUCAGACGACGCUCAUCGUCCAAAAGCCUGGCGAGAAAGUGUUGAGCGAUGCGGAUCUCUUGUACGACGCCUUGAGGCGCGUCAACAUCGAUUUCCUGGCUGCUGGCUACAAGGCGUCCGAGUUCCUUACGGAAAACCUUAAGGCGAAGGUCGCCAUUUUAAAUAGUGCGCUGAACAAAGACGAUUCGAAGACUGCGCUCACCGCGAGGGACGAGCAUCCGGAGUGGUUCCGCGGAUUGGAGACCAACUACACGACCAAAGAGGCGUACAUGCAUCGCAGAUGCCAGGACAGGAUACGAGGCUACCUCUACAAAACGAUCGAUCAGAUCAAGUCGUCGGACACGUUCGCGAACGAUCACAGGGCGAGGAAGCGGCUGCUCGACGUCAUAGCCUUCUUCAAGAUGCAGCUGAAAGAGGACCACUACUUCGGUUACUAUUUCGACAGGAGUCGCGCGAAGAUUCACUCGACAGAGUCGGUCGACGAGCGGGACUCGUCGACCUGUUACGACCAUUGCCCCUGCAGGCUGAACCGACUCGAUGACAGCACGUACUUCCGGUUGUUCGGGACGAGUGACCAAUCCUGCGUAGACGGCACGACGAGAAAGAAGCAAGAGAGGAACUCGAACGUGUAUUCGAGGAGCGAGAACGAGGAGAGCACGGACGAGCAAGAGGAAGAGAAGGAGAGCACGGACGAGCAGGAGGAAGAGAAGGAGAGCACGGGCGAGCAGGAGGAAGAGGAGGACAGUUGUCCUUACAGGAUUCGAACGAAGGAAUGGAAGUCUUGCGUCGCUAUAUGUAAUCCCAAAGGUGAAUUUAGGUGCGGAGGCGUCUGGAAAGCCGAUGCCUGCGUCUACGGGCAGAGACACAAGAUCAACCCUUACAGGUCGAGGGAGGACCUCAUCCUGUUCUCCACGUGGAAUUUCGAUCACAAAAUCGAGAGGUCCAGGACUCUGGUGCCACAACUCCUCGAACUAUCGGCGCAAGGAAUCGCCAGAGAGGAGGAUAUCCACGAGUUUUACGACGAUCUGUUCACACUGAAAAACUUGAGGCUGGUUCACAUCGUGUGCCACGACAAGGGAUCGCACAAGUAAUUAGACGGAAUCGCAUACAAGGGCGAAGGAUCUUCUUCCAGAAUACGUAACAUCGUAGAACAACCUCUGAACACGUAAACGUAAAACUCUUCGUACGGGAACGUAUUUACUCCUAAACGCUGUUGGAUAGUUUAUAGAUUUAAACGAUUGUUAAUGUCGCGUCCUACAGUGAUUCCGUUGCGCCACAUAAUAACAAGCAAUACCGAUCGCAUUUUUCUUACGCGUUCUAAUCGUCGCAAUUUUCUAUUUGUAAUACUUCGAUGAAUGUUCA